ACAGCUCUUCGGAUAAAGAAAAGCACUCUGCACAUGCUCGAGGGCCCUCUCGCCCACGUUUCAGAGCUGAGCGUGGGUUCGGGGAGGGAGAGAGAGAAUUCAAGCUGAUUGGAGAACACAUCGGAGGUGGAGGAGGAGAAGGAGUGGCUGGCUGGCUGGUUCUAGGCGCCUAGUCGCAGCUCCGCCCGCUCGGCGGCUGGAGAGGCCCGUGGGCGGCAACUGUCUGGCCGGCCGGGAGAAAGGGAGGAGCUCGGAGAGCCGCUGGAGGCACCGAGGGAGGGCUGAAGGCACCUGGAGACCCGCGGGACCAGCUGUAUCAUCAUGGCAUCUGGACCGGUGGAUCUCAUAGAGCCAUUUGAGAGUGAAGAGACAGGGGAAGAAUUUUCAAGGAAGAAAAAAUCCAAAUUUCAGACAUUUAAGAACUUCUUUGCCAAGAAGAAGAAAACGAAAGAGCCGCCGUCUCCGGUGGGAGAGAGCAAACUGAAGCCGAGCCAAUCCAGUACCGAUGUCAGGGCCCCAACCCUCGAUUCCAGCAUACACCAUUUGUCAGCAGAACCCGGUUCCAAAGGGAGCAUGGGGAACAAAGCCUUAUCACAUGACAGCGUCUUCGUUUUUGACUCAUCAUCGCCGGACAUAGUUGGGAAAAUGUCCUCGCAGGAAAACCUCCCUGGAAAGGUGAAAGCUUUGCAGCUUCAGGUACAGCAGAAUCUCAGGCUUGGAUCACCGCCGCUUGUUAUCUCCAACAAAAAAACGGAAGACGCGGGUGCCAUUUCGGAAGAUGACGGCUUGCCCAGAAGCCCUCCAGAAAUCUCCACCCUCCACGAUGUUCUCACCUGUUCCACAAAUAAGUCCUCCAACCUUGUCCAGCGCCAUAGCUCUUUGAGUUUAGGUGGCACAGACAGUGAAGAUGACCAGGUCCCCUCAGAAUCCUCCUCCAGGCCUCGUAGCCCUCUAUCGUUCAUGCCCCUUGGGAGCCCUGUGUUGUCAUUCUGCCACUUGCUUCCUAUCGAUUUCAACAGCCCGCCUACUCCGCUGGGCUGCCUUGACACCUCUGCAGCCAGGCACAGGAUUGCAAUGAAUCCGCGGAAGCAGAAAGGCUUUACCCACACAAAACAAUUUUUUGGGGUGGAAAAAGAGCAAUGCAUUCUUGGACAUGCUGAAGGAAAAACAAGCCACAUAAAAUUACUUGAAAAAGCUGACAGCCAAGAGGAGAAUUCAGAAGGUCUAUCAAUACAGAAUGCAAGUAACUUAAAUGGGAGUCACACGAAUGAUGCUCUACCCAUGUCAAGGGCCUCAGAUAUUUUGCGUUAUUCUUGGAACGCUGGCUCUGCUGUGGAUGAGAAUUGUAUCUUGGAAUCAGAGAACCAGAAUUGUAUGGAAACGGAUCUCCAGGCCAGUGUAAUACUGUCCUGUACAAAUGUACAGUCUUCCCUAGCAAAAUGUGAAGAAGAAGAAGAGAUGGAGCAGGAAGGGGUAAAUAGAACUUGGUACCCAAGUGAUGAUCCCAGGCUGAACCCGAAGAGCUCAGCGAAAAAGAUCAGCGAGAGUUUUGAAACUUUACAGCCUGAAACAGAAGCUGUUGGACGUUGCGAUAUGUUACUUUCUGACUUGCAUGGGAAUGGUGUGGACAAGGACCAUGAUGUGGCAGCAGAAUCUAACCAUGUGACCUGCUUACAACCUGUAGAUCAAAAAGCGAAAGACUCUAGGGUUGGCAGUGAUGCAAUACAGAUUGGUGGAGUGGAGGACAAACCUGAUGGCCGGGACAGCUCUGUCACCCCGGAGGGGGAUCCUGUGUUGUGCAUCCCACAGUCUUCUUCAUCUGCUAUGGAGACUCCCUCGGAAACAGAGACGGCUGUGGCCUUUGCCCUCAAAAACAACCAGAUGGUCAAAGAAGACGCAGGAGGAUGGGCUGCAGAUAGGGAAAUUCCGCUGUGCCAAGGCCAUGACAAGCCAACAGCCUCCCCGCAGGGAGGAUCAGCCGUCUUGAACACCCAUGUGGACAGGCUUCUUCUUCAGAGUGCAGCAGGUGAGAAACUGUUUCUUCCAACAGAACUUCGGUGCUCUGUUUUGAGCAGUUCUCCAGGUGGGCCAGAGGCUGUCGCCUUUAGAAAGCUGGGCAACCCUUCUCCAGGAGGCCUGGCCACCACAGAAAUAGUUCCUAAAAGCAGCUCUACUGACGACAAAGCUGGCGAUCAGCCAGAAAGCGCAAAAACGAAGGAAGAAAGUAAAAGUCCAGAUGAGAUUGCCAAAACCCAGCCAAAAUCUGUUUCUGCUAAGCCGGUGAGGUUCACCAUCGCACCAGCCUGGCAGAGGUCUCUCUCGGGGGGUUCAGGUUCCGUGGACGGUUCCUGCCCCAGAAGCACCCCAUCUUCGCCAAUAAGACCAGAGUUGUUUGAAGGAAUGCCUCAGUUGGAGGCAGCCACACAGGGGUGUAUACUGAGCAGCCCAGAGAGACUUGAAAAGUGCAAUAGGGCCAUUGGGACUGUCCUGAGUUCUGCUUUUGAGUGGCCAAAUGAGGAGAUGUCAGACCGUGAGAACCCAUUUGGGGUGAAGCUGAGGAGAACAUCCUCUUUGCUAAACUACCAAACUGAGCAGCAGCAUCCUGAGCCCCCAAAGCAGGUGCCACUGCCAGCUCCUGGAACGUGUUCUGCCUCUGUCAAACAGGAGUCGACACCACCAGGUUCUGGGAAGCCGCUCCAAAACCUUACGGGUAGCCCUAAAGCUUUGGUUCCAAAGCCCAGCGUCCAAGAAGAGAACCAUCCUGUCAAGGCCAGCAAACCUGAAGAAGUGGCACCCAAGCAACAGAUGGGCAGGCCUUCAGAGCAAGUCAUGGUUGCACACUGGGAAAGCCCGUCCUCUGAACCAGCGUGGAUUUCGAUGGCAAAACUAAAACAGAAAAGUUUCCGAGGUCACCCUCUUGCCAAAGGGCAGAAAGAACAGGAGAAAAACUUAGCCGACGGAGAACAAGGAGUGGCAAAGCACGUUGAGAUUUCUCAGCAGGAAAAGCAAAUGAAAUGUCCCGGUGAGAAUUUCUUGAAGAAGAGCAGUGCUUCCCAAGCAUGUGUGCUGGAGAGUAAGCUCCAACUGAAGAUGGCUCCAUCAGCUACAAAAGCAACUCCUCUUAGGACAGCCACUCAGGAAACCAUGCAACUGGACAAGGAAAUGAGGUCAUCGCCAAGCCUGCCGAAGUCAUUGUGCAGCUCUGCUGAGCCUCCUUGGCUUUCUCUGGCCAAGAAAAAGGCCAAAGCAUGGAGCGAAAUGCCUCAGAUUGUUCAGUAGGCAUUUGGAAGACCUCAACUACACUACCAAUAGCUGUAUUAAUAGCUUACAAUAAUGUCUUCACUGUGACCAUUUCUUGGGGGUUUGAAGGGAUGACUGAAAAAGCUGGGGAAUUGGGCUAGCUGGGGAGGGAUCUUUUAACUUGUUAUCUAAUGAAGGGAUUUCUGCCAAACAUUUAACCUGAGGGUAACCAUCAGAAUUAAUAAUACACUGAAAGACAAUAAAUGCUCCAGGAACUUUUGGCCAUAUGUUACUGCAUCGGUGUUGAAGUCAAAGACUCUGCUGAGAAGGACCUUGAAGGUUAUAGAACACUUCCUGUUCAAAGAGAAGUUUCACCUACAUCCAAGACAGCAUUCCUGCAGCUCUGCAGGUGGAAAAGCUUGCAUUGGAAUUCGUAGCUUUCCUGUUUCCUGCAAAAAAAACCCCAACCCUGGAUUGCUAGUGGCUGAAGGCGAGACUAGAUGAGGGUGGUGGUUGUCGAUUCUUCAAAUGGCAAAUUCCAUUGACUUAAUCGCAAGCCACACUGUCAGUGCCAGCGUUGGUAGGUAUCAUGCAUACACACAAACACCCAUACUUGCUGCCGAGGACAUUUCUCUCCCCCAUGCUUCCAAUUGAGCAGGAGACGGUUGUGCACAGAGCAGGAUUGUGCUGAUUCAUCAAGGCUUAGAGUCAUUCCAAGGGGCUUGUUGGUGUAUGGCAGGGAUAGCUCAUAUGGGACCUUCCAGGAGUUAAGAACAUAAGAAGAGCCUGCUGGAUCAGGCCAGUGGCCUAUCUAGUCCAGCAUCCUGUUCUCUCAGUGGCCAACCAGGUGCCUGGGGGAAGCCCGCAAGCAGGACCCGAGUGCAAGAACACUCUCCCCUCCUGAGGCUUCCGGCAACUGGUUUUCAGAAGCAUGCUGCCUCUGACUAGGGUGGCAGAGCACAGCCAUCACGGCUAGUAGCCAUUGAUAGCCCUGUCCUCCAUGAAUUUGUCUAAUCUUCUUUUAAAGCCAUCCAAGCUGGUGGCCAUUACUGCAUCUUG